CUCCUCUCUGGCCAAUAGGCGGCUUCCCUGAGCGCGGCGCUGGGCACGUGACCGCGGCGCUGCGGAGCCGGGCCCGGCGCGGCGGAGCCCAGGCCAGGGCAGCGGGGCCGCCGCCGCCUCCUCCUCCGCCUCCUCCGCCUUCACGUCACCGCUCCCUGAGCUCGGCCGCGGCCUCCCGUCGCCUGGGGCAACGCCAGCGCCGCCGCGGCCGCAGGUGGGCUGCGCGGAGCCGUUGCCGCUCGCGCUGCGCGGCCUCGUGGCCUCUCGGCUCCGCUGAGCGCGCGGUGGGGGAGCGGCGCGGGCAGCUGCGGUUGCGGGGCUGAGGCGGCCGGUUGUGCGGGUCGGCCCGGCCCGGCCCGGCCCCGCCGGGACCUGUUUUUCCCGAAGCGUCGUGUGCCGCGGGAGAGGGUGGCAGUGCGGGGUCAGCGCGGCGCGGUGCCCCCCUCCGCUCUUCAGGCGUUUCCGGAUGACAAGGUAACAUCUGGGCCUCUGCACUCCUUCUCCAAGUCGUCUUGGGUUUUUCUGACCUGUCCACAUUGUUUUGUAGCUUUCAUGGCUCUGGAUGGCUAAUGAAGAGGCAUGUUCAGUCUAAUGGCCAAUUGCUGCAGCUGGUUAAAAAGGUGGCAGGAACCUGUCAGGAAGGUGACACUAAUAAUGGUGGGACUUGAUAAUGCUGGUAAAACUGCUACAGUCCGAGGAAUUCAAGGAGAGUCUCCUGAAGAUGUGGCUCCAACAGUUGGGUUUUCCAAGAUUGACCUUAAACAGGGACGCUUUGAAGUCACCAUCUUUGAUUUAGGAGGUGGAAAACGAAUUCGAAAUAUCUGGAAAAAUUACUAUGCUGAGUCCUAUGGUGUAAUAUUUGUUGUGGAUUCCAGUGAUACUGCAAGAAUGGAAGAAACAAAGCAAACCAUGAUAGAAGUUUUAAACAACCCUAAGAUAUCAGGAAAACCUGUGUUAGUGCUGGCAAAUAAGCAGGACAGAGAAGGGGCUCUGUCAGAAGCAGAUGUAAUUGAAACCUUAUCUCUGGAAAAACUUGUCAAUGAACACAAGUGUCUGUGUCAAAUUGAACCUUGCUCAGCUGUUAUGGGCUAUGGGAAAAAAAUUGAUAAAUCAAUAAAAAGGGGUUUAUAUUGGCUUCUACAUAUCAUAGCAAAAGAUUUUGAUGCCUUAAAUGAGCGCAUCCAAAGAGACACUACAGAACAAAAAGCACAUGAAGAACAAAAGAAACUAGAACGAGCUGAGCGAGUGAGAAGGAUACGAGAAGAAAGGGAAAAAGAAGAAGGAAGAGUACCUGAUGAGGAAGACCCUGAGCCUGGAAACUGUGAAAACCCCUUCCAGCCUAUAUCUGCUGUAAUCUCUGAGAAUGAAAAACAAAUUGAAAAGGAAAAGAAGCGGCAAAGGUUGGAGACUGAAAAGACAACUGCCUUGAAAUCACAAGCAGAGCAGGAACAAAUGGAUGCCCAGCAAUUAUCAAGUAGCAGUAGCCAAAAUGUAAAUGAUAGCAGGCUAGAAACAUGCAGUUCUACAACUACACAGCUCUUGCAGCAUGAAGAGAAUGAGCAGCAAACCUCAGAUUGCCUUGACUCAGAUAACAGUAAGAAAAAAAAUAAAAAACUAAAAUUAAAAAGGAGCCAUAGAGUAGAACCUAUUAAUUCAGAGGAUGCUGUUCCCAAAAAUCCCACACCACCAGCAGCUCUUCCACCAGUUGGCUGGGGAUCUCCCAAACUUAAUAGACUUCGAAAACUUGAGCCUCUUGGUGAAACACAUCACACUGAUUUCUAUGGAAAGCCUCUGCCCCCGCUGACUAUACGCCAAAGACCCAACAGUGAUACCCAUGAUGUAAUUGCUUAAUUAGAUCACAAACAGCACUUAAAAAAAAAAUAUAUUUAAAUAAGUUAUCAGAGUGACCUUGAAGGACAUUUUUUAAAUGACAGCCUGUCAGCUUGUUGCAGAACAACUUUGUGACAAUUAAACAUGGAAGUCAUUCUGUCAUACUUAGUUGAUCAGAAUUUGUCAUCCUACUUUUCACAUCACCAGCUCUUCUUCAGGAUUUAGCAAGAAAUCAAGAAAGGUCUCUGUGUCCAUGGAUGCUCAUAUGAACAUGGUAUUGAAUAUUCAUUUGGCUUACUGGUGAAAAUACCUAGCUGGAAACCUGAAGAAAAAUACCUUCAAGUUCACAUAAUACUCAAUUGUAUGUUCUUAUCAAAACCUUUUUCCAGGUGCUGCAUUGUGGUCGGUAUUUUUGUAGCUAUUAAAUGGUUCUAAAGCAUUGUGUAAGAUUCAUAUGUGUUGGGGUGAAUGCAGGAAGGUUAUGCAACAAAUAUUGAAUAUAUUUUUCUAUAUUUUUGUAACAUUAUUUGAAAGUUUUAGUAGACAUGCAUACCUGCUACAAAUAAGAAAGCAUUAGAAAGCUGAUAGUCAAAUGCAUAUGAGCAUGUUUGACUCUUUUUUCUGACAUUAGCAAUACCUAUUUUUAGGGAUUAUUUUACCAUAUGUAUCUUUUGUAUUUCUGGCAAUCAGGGAGGGAGGGGGGCAGGUAGAAGGUAAAGUUUAAGAUUAAUACAUUUUAUAAAAAAAUAAUGCUAUUUAAUUGUCUGAAAGUUUUGUUAUUUGUUAGUUUUGUUAACUGAGUUUGGCAUAAGUAAAAAAUGCAGGUGGAAAAACAGAACUGAAUAUCGUAUUGGCUACUACAUCAUACAAGAAAUUUGCACUACUUCAGUCAUCAAUUCUGAUGGCAACUGAGUCAACCAGUAUGCAUAUAAGCUUCAGCACUUUUUAAUCACGAGCAUCUUGAAAACCAAAGAAGCUCCAUAUUUUUAAGGACGUAUGUUGUAUUUCCAUAGAAUGUGUUAAUUUUACAUUUUAAAAAAUCAAGUAAUACAUAAACAGUAAGGGUUACAAAUGGAUACAUUCCUAUUUAAAUGUUCUUUAUAUGCUGUUUUUACUCUUAUAUUGGAGACAACCAUUGGUAUAUUUUGUAAAGGUAUAUCACUUAGAGCUAGGAUGAAACCCCCAAUCAAAGGCAUAUUUUUUUAAGAAGUAUUACUUGCUUCUCUAUUAUGCUCUCAAUCUUCCAUAACAUGCUAUUACCACAAGAUUUGAGUAGAUAUUAAAACAAUGCACUGUAUAUAUUCAACAUUUUGACAUUAGAAGUGUUCACCAUAUACCCCUUACAACAAUGAAUUACAUAAAUAAAACAUCUACCAUAUUAAUCAAAAUGAAAUUAACAAAGAUUUUUAAAGAAUAUCUAUGGGGAGGUGGAAUCCGUUUUAAGUAUGUUAAGUUUGGAAUGUGUGGAGAGGAAUAUUUCAAGUUUGCUAGUUUAGGGAUGAAACAAUUUGUAUGUGACUGUCAGCAUGGGAAUACUUUUCUUGUAUUCUAAUAAUGUAACAUGGUUCAGUUUGAUUAUUCUCAGGAUUUAGUCAUUGUCACUUCAAAUAAAAACUUAAGCAGAGGGGGAGUUGCAUAAAAAGUUUAUUUGUGCAAUCUCAAUCUUGCUAUCUAUGCUACCACUUUAUUAUUUUUGUUUUGCUUAAAGGCUCUAAAUUUGCAGGCUUAUUUUUUUUACAGCUUCAGUUUUUAGUAAUGUAUUACCCUUUUAUUUUAACACUAAUCUCAAAGAAAUUAAUGGAUGUCUUUAUUAAAAAAAAAAACUAAAUACUGCUGUGGAAACAAAAUUUGAGAAACUGAAAUGUAAGAUCUGGAUACUUAGAUUUGAAAUGUGUGUUGUGUGUGUGGACACGUGUCCAUUUUUUUCCUGUUUUUAAAAUAAAUGUUACCAACAUGUGACCAAA